AUGGCCUCAGCUUCAGCCAGAGUAUGCGCGAUUUUGGAACUCCUCCAGUCCAUCCUCCUCAACGUACCAGCGCAAGCCCUCUUCUCCCUUCAACGCGUCAACACCACCUGGCGCGACUGCAUCAAGGAAUCAAUUCACCUCCAGCGCAAGAUGUUCCUCAAGCCCGCAUUCCCUCCAAUGGAUCCAACCGCCGAUGAAGAAGAUCCCGACCUCAACGACGUCUACCAAACCCUCCUGUACCCUUCGCCAAUGCGUCUCAACCCUUGUCUGGACAUGACCGGCUGCGCAACAGCUACGGCUCAACUCUCUAAGCUGGUGAGCAGCACUCAGGUCGGCGCGUCUCGAGUCACCCAGCCACCAGGUCUUCAUGAGAUUGAAGUUCACAUCCAGCUGCGCAAGUGGAGCAAACAUGAACAGUCCAGCUCGUCCACCCAGCUUCAGUCCUGGCGUGGCACCCUUCUCUCGCAGCCGCCAAUCACCACGCUCAAAGUGCCAUGCGAGGUCAAGUUCGAUCCAUCGGUAGACCUUGAAUUUUGGCCAGAGAAGAGGGUGGCGACAGUCAGCAAUCCGGCAGGCUUGACUUUGGGCGACCUCGAUCAUGCUUGGCGGAGUGUCGACAAGGGUCAGGGAGAGUCGUUUGUCAGCUUCUCGGUUGUUGCGCCGCCAGAGCCGGAAUGGGUGCUGUGUGAGGUGGAUGAGGACUGCAGCGACUUCACGACGUGCUAUCUCGAGACGCCGGAUGAGGUGGGGAAUUGUCAGUGUGUGAGGGCUUUGAGAGCGGAGGAGUGA